UCCUGUUUUAUUACAUUUUUUUUUCCAGGCGAAAAUGGCUGCCUCUCUGAUCUAAACCUCUGCUUAAGGAUUAAAUGAGCAUGAAAUAAAUUAAACAGGAGACGGAAAUCGCGGUCCCGCUUCAAGGCAGCAGCCAUGGUCGCCAGGACGUAGUUCGGACGGCGUCUUCACGAAGAUGUUGUGACUGCCAGAGAAGGAAAAUGUAUGCGAUCCGAAAUUAACCCUUUCCAUCUAACAUCCACUAACAAAAAAGGUACGAACUAUUCGUUUGACCUUCUUGAAAUAGAAAAUGAUGCAUCAAGUGACCAGCAACAACGGUGACUAUUGUAUGAGUGGACUGGCAGAGGACUGUCAUCCAGCCAGCCACUUUGAUUUAUGUAGCACACAAUCCAGCAAAUUCUACCCCUCUCCGACAACCCCUGGUUUGCAGCUGUCUCUUGCCGGCCUAGCCCCUUUACCACAGGGCAUGCACAAAGCCAUGGCAUGUCAAGUCCAAAACACCCAGAACGACUUCCAGCCUCAGACAGUGAGAAUCAGGGGCAGUGAGGCUGCAGGGCCCGAUGGCUCCAAGAAGAAGAAGGGCAUAGUGAAGUCAGGGCGCAGAGGGAGGCCAUCAGGGACCACAAAGUCAGCUGGUUAUCGUACUAGUACUGGACGUCCACUUGGGACAACGAGAGCAGCUGGGUUCAAAACCAGCCCAGGGAGGCCCCUUGGUACCACCAAAGCAGCAGGAUAUAAGGUCAGUCCUGGAAGGCCCCCCGGCAGCAUCAAGAGUCUAGCUCGGCUCAAGAAGCUGGAGUUUGGUUGUGACGGCGCCAAGAAACUGGACUUUAGCACCUGCAGUGUUCCCAAGAAACUGGACUUCACUGGCUGUGAUGUUCCACCUUUUCCAUACGCUAUGAUGGAGAAGAGACCCCUCUGUGAGUCCAGUGGCAAAGUGGAUGAACCCAGCGAAUAGAUCUGCAGGUUACUCCCCCGUGCUUUAAAAACAUUUGACAGUGUAUGAGCAACAAGAUGCAGAAAACAUUUCUCACAAAUGUUGGCGGAAAUAACUUUUUGCCAUCAAGAAAUGGCUCUGAAUGAGUGUUUGUACAGUGUUUCACAUUUUCUUCAUCCUCUCAUAAUAAAUGACAAUUAAAAGUAUGUUAUUCCAGUUUGGCAGAGAUGCAUGCGUAUGAAUUAAUCACACUAAUCAGUAUUGGCAAAAAUAAGGAAUUUAGCAGUUUGUGGUUCAAACUUCACUAGAGUGACUCUUUUUCCUCUCAAGCAUUUUGUACCCAUGUGUGACAUAUUAUUGUUCUCUGCUUUUACUUUUCUAUGGCUAGUUUUUUUGUGACAUUUUUUUACAUUCUUAGCAAAUGUAAGUACAGCCAGUUCAACAUCAGCUUUUUCCUGGGCAUAAAUAUGUGGAUGUAUAGUUGUCCUUUCUGUGUUGUCCAGUUCAAUGUGUUUUAUUUUGUGAUAUUAUCAAACCUAAAAUGGGAACACUGCAUAAUAACCUUUUUAACACAGUAUUUUCUGCAUUUUGUGAAUAUAGUUUUUACUAUGUCUUGUGACGGCCUGUUUUUGUCCCCAAACUCACUUAAUAGCCUCUUCCAGAUGUACAUGUAUGUUGUUAAUGCUGUUAAUUAGGAAAGAAAUGUCUCCAUAAAACAUGUUCUGCUUUGUGAUAUAAGUAAUCAAUGAUAAUGUACUAUAUGUGAAACCAAAAUAAAAGAAAUUGUCUUUUCCACA